AUGGAGAGAAUGGCAGCGAAUACGGCAAAGAAGAACGAGGACGUUGGCAAUAAGGUUGUUGGUGCGUUAGAUGCACUUACCUUGACGUCGGGACGAGAUGAGGGAGCAGGCAUGGACGUUGAUGUUGACAUGCAGGAGACUGUUGGCUCUGACUUUAUGGAUGCCCAUGCAGCCAGAGGAAAGAUGAAGGAGUAUUCGAUGCAACUGGCGACGUUGACGAGACAGAAGAUGCAGUUAGCCGCGCGCAUCCAAGGGUUGAGCCAAGAGGAGGGCGACCAGGAGCGACCAAAGUUGGCGGAACUAACACGUCAGAUCGCUGAGGCCAAGACCGCGAUGAACGAGUGGAAUGUCAUGCUGGAUGACCUAGAGAGUGCUGAGAGGUCCAUGGGGAGGACGGCAUUCUCUAGUGUUGUGACCAGAGAGGAGAAUGAGGAGUUGGGGGUUAAGAAGGGUGGAAAGAUUGACGAGAUCAAGUUGUCGAAUGAGUUUCCGCGUUACCAUCGGUUGGUCGAGGCUCAUCUGCUUCCUGUUCUUGACAUCAAGAUCCACGGUCCCUUGAUUACCAACGUCCGAGAGUUCCUGUACGAAUUCCAUAGAAUAGGAGUAACAAAGUUCACGACGGGCGGGUUCGAUGAGAGAUGUUCAAGGUUGUUGUGCUUGGCGAAUAUGGAUCGCAAAGCGUCUGAUGCCAUGAAUGCAGUCUUGAGUCGUGACCCUGAAGGAAAGUGGCCGUGGGCGAGAUGCGAGAAAGUGUUUGUGGAGAGUGCUAUGACGCAGACUGAGAGAACAGAUGAGGUUGAGAAGGUGAUCAAGAUGGGGUUAGAACGAGGUGAAUCGUACAAGCAGUACUACCAUCGGAUGAAGAGGUUGAUGGAUGUGUACCAAGUCAAGGACUUACCCAAGUUCGCUGAUUUGUUAUUCUUGCUGCAGAGAGCGGUCGACCCGAGCGUUCUUACGAUGAUCUUGUUACAGAAGCGCAUUGCGGUCCUUGAGGGGAUGCUGGGUGUGGCACCUGAUGAAACAACCUUCGAGUCUUAUAUGGACAGUUUGCAGCAUAUGCAGGGACCCGCAGACAGUGAUGAGUGGGCACCGGUUAUUUUGGAGAGGAGACGAUUGACCGGGGCUGCAGAUAACGAAGCAGCGAGGCAGGCCCAGAGUUUAAAGGAUAAGCUCAUCAACCAGCAGAAGAGGGCAGCGGCAGCAGCAACGCUUGCGACGACAAGUGGAACGCGUGUCGGGGGGACUACUGGUGGUAGCAUCAACCAAGUUCCUACAGCGGGUGACAGUUCGGUCCAGAAGGGGAAUGCUGGAUUCGGCGGUCAACGUGGCGCCUUCGGUAAUGGUAGUGGUUCUGGUGCGCCUAGAGGUCGAGGAGGCAGUCAUGGUCGUGGAGGUUACAAGAGGAACUUCAACCGUGGACACCAUCCUUAUCCUGGCAGAGGAAACAGCAAUGGUAAGCUAAACCACACUGUUGAGUAUGAUGAUGCAUCUGAAGAAAAAGUUGAAGUAGAUGGUGGUGAGAUGUCUGUUGUCGACCAAGAUGUCGUUGAGAUGAGUAACGAAAAUGGUGACGUCACCGAAGUCGAACAUGACCGCAUGACUAACGACGCGUCUUUCAUUCUGCAUUCCAAACAGGUGGAAACAAGCAGUGAGAUGCAACAAACUGAUGUACAUGAACUGGAGGAGCAGUCGCACAGUUUAACAGAAGUAGUCAUAGUGAAUGAAACAACAACUGACGAGAAGAAUGUCAGUGACAUCAACCCACGGAGUGAAACAGUGAAGAAGAGAAAGAAGAAAAAGAAGAAUGCAAAGGGUAUUGCGAAAAUCGAAUUGAAGAGCAAACUGCGUGGUGAAUCCGGUUUGGGUAUGAGAGUUCAUGUAGGUCCAUUGCCGAUGCAUCCUCUCGACGGGGGGGAAGGUAGCGGUGAUGCUAAAGUGGCUGUCGACCAAGCAAAGGUGAAGUAUGGAGCUAUGGGCAUUGUUAAAGAAGGAAGAGAUAAUGCACCGGCCGAGUACAACAUCGAGGAUGUAGUAGACGACGAGUACCUAAGGGCCUUCGAAAGAUUUUCAAUUAGUGAUAACCCAGUGUCAGACGCAUGUGAUGGUUACCCAUUAUUCUCCUUUGGAGAGAAGGACUUUGAGUUAGUACACAAGCACUAUGGUUCAAGUAAACGAAAACAUCAGCCGGAUAAUCGACUGUUUGUUCCUGUUUAUCUUAAUCAAGAGCGACAUCUUGGGAGGCCUUUCAAGUCCAAAUUAUCAUAUGGUGUUUGUUACAUCUCUGCAGAUCUUGACGAUAUCCACCGCGUCCAUUAG